GUAAACUGGUAGUCUUUUAGAGGAAGUUCAUGAAUGUGGCAUUGAGGUGAAACAGAAACUGCUGUGCUGUGCACUUUUAUACUUCUAUACAGCUCCAGGAGUCUUUUUGUGAAUAUAUAUUUGUGCAUCUGAAAAGGCGAGAUGUUUCCUCAGGCACAAGCCCAGUCUCCUGCUUGUCCUUCUGAUGGACUCUCCGUUGUUGUGAAGGCUGAAAACGGCAGUAAUGUUAUUCUUCCACUGAUCGUUAACAGCACAAUCUCAGAUCAUACUACUCUAAACAUGAGCACCAACACUCCUGGCACUCAUUGGCAAACAGAGACUAAAAAGAAGAAAAUGGACUUGUCUACAGACGUUCUACAGAAGUUUUUAGUGAGUCACAAGACCAAAAUGAAGAAAAAAUUUGAGUGCAUUUUUGAGGGCAAAAAGGAUGCAAAAACUAAAGUACAUCUAAAAAAGGUCUACACGCAGCUGUACAUCACUGAAGGAGAAUUCAAAGAAGUUAACAAGGAGCAUGAAAUUCUAAAAAUUGACAAAGCUUUUAAUGUGAAAAAAUCUCAAGAAAAACAAAUUAACUGCAAUGAGAUUUUUAGUGUUUCAGAGGAAAAUGAAGAAAAUAAAGUUGUGCUCACCAAGGGAAUUGCAGGAAUUGGAAAAACAGUAUCUGUGCAGAAGUUUAUUCUCGAUUGGGCUGAAGGAGAAGCCAACCAAGCCAUAGACUGCAUUUUCCUCCUUCCAUUCCGAGAGAUUAAUUUGAUUAAAGAUGAAGAAUUUAGUCUUCAUGAGUUACUGCAGGAAUUCUACCCUGAACUGGAAAAACUCACCGAAGCAGAUUUGUAUGAAAAGCUCAAGCUUGCAUUUGUCUUCGAUGGGCUGGAUGAGAGCCGUCUUCCAUUGGACUUCAGUGUCCGUAAGGUGAGGAGUGCACAAAAGAAAGCAUCUCUAAAUGCUCUCAUCACAAACCUGAUUGAAGGAAACCUGCUUCCUUCUGCUCUGAUCUGGAUCACCUCUCGACCUGCAACAGCCAAUCAGAUCCCUCCGGAGCAUGUGAGCUUGUUUACAGAAGUGCGAGGAUUCACUGAUAAACACAAGGAGGAGUAUUUUAGAAAGAGAAUAUUAGAUGAGAAUGCUGUUUUUAAAAUCAUCUCACAGGUAAAGAAAUCUCGAAGUCUUUAUAUCAUGUGCCACAUCCCCAUCUUCUGCUGGAUCACUGCUACUGUGCUUCAGGAAAUGGUGGUGCAAAAUGAUGGAGAAGAAAUUCCCAUUACACUGACUGAAAUGUACAUCCACUUCCUACUUAUACAGAUGAAAAUCAAAAACCAAAAGUAUGAUGAGAAAGAGGAGCGAGAUAUGAAGAAGCUGCUUGAAAUGAACAGAGAAAUGAUCCUGAAGCUGGCCAAGCUGGCAUUUAACCAGCUGAUAAAGGGGAACAUCAUGUUUUAUGAAGAUGACCUGAGAGAGUGUGGUAUUGAGGUCAGUGUAGAUUCAGAGUACACUGGAAUGUGUGCAGAGAUCUUCAAGACGGAAUCUGUGCUUCACGAGAAGCAGGUUUACUGUUUCAUACAUUUAAGCAUUCAGGAGUUUCUUGCUGCACUCCAUGUUUUCAACUCUUACCUGAACAAAAAGAUGAAUGAGUUACAGUUUUUCUUUAGGGAUGUCCUUCCUGUGGAAACUAAGCUGGAUGUUUUAUUAAAGAAUGCUGUUGAUAAAGUCAAGGAGAGUGAGAAUGGACAUUUAGAUCUCUUUCUUCGAUUCUUGUUAGGCAUUUCCCUUGAGAAGAAUCAGAAACUUCUACAAGGUGUACUUCCACACACAGAGGUAACCAAAAAGAGCAUAGGCAAAGUGAUACAAUACAUUAAGCAAAUGCAGAACAAAGCUCCUAAUUUGUCCCCUGAAACAUCUAUUAAUCACUUCUUCUGUCUGAUGGAACUGAACGAUGACUCCCUGAACAACCAAAUCAAGAAAUAUCUGUGUACAGACAAAUUUCCAGAUAGAGAAUUAUCCUCAUCUAAUUGUUCAGCACUGGCCUACUUGCUUCUAAUGUCUGGGGAUGUCUUGGAGGAACUCAAUCCAAAAAAAUUUAAUGAGAAAAAAUCUGCAUACAGGAGACUCAUUCCAGCUGUGAGAUGCUGCAGAAAAGCUCUGCUUGCUGGUUGUGGGCUCCAGGAAACGUGCUGGGAGACAGUGGCUUCAGCUCUGGAGGCUGAAAACUCACCUUUGACAGAGUUGGACCUGAGUGAUAAUUUUGGAGUGGAGAAGGGAGCCAAGUUGCUUUCUGAUGGACUGAAGAGUUCACACUGUAAACUGGAGCAACUUAGGUUAGCAAGAUGCCAUUUCUCCCAGAGCAGCUGCGCUGAACUCGCUUCAGCUCUCACGUCAGUUUCAUGUACUUUGAGUGAACUGGACCUGAGCUACAAUGACCUGCAGGACACAGGACUGGAGCUUCUGAUGUCUGGAGGGGAACAUUUAUAUUGUAACCUGCAGAUUCUGAGGCUGAGCUGGUGUAAUCUCACAGAGAAGAGCUGCUCAUUUCUCUCCUCCAUUCUCAUGAGCUUAAGAGAGUUGGAUGUGAGUAACAAUGACCUGCAAGAUUCAGGAGUGAAGCUUAUUUCUGAAGGACUCAGCAAUGAUCAGUGCAAACUGCGGAUACUGAGGUUGUCUGGUUGUUUAGUGAGACAAGAUGGGUUUUCUUCACUGGCAUCUGCUCUGACUUCCAACUCCUCAUCAGUCCUAGCUGAUCUUGAUUUGAGCUACAAUAAUCCAGGAGAUGAGGGAGAAAUGCUGCUCUUUGGUCUACUGAAUAAUCCAAACUACAAGUUGGAGACAGUCAAGAUUGAACCAAAAAGUGAACAAUUCAUCAAAGCAGGGAUAAGAAAGUAUGCCUGUGAGCUCACAUUUAACCCAGACACGGCCCACUCAAAUCUGUGUCUGUCCGAGUCGAACAGGAAGGUCUCUGCCACGUUUCCAAAACAGCAGUACCCAGAUAACUCGGACAGAUUUCAGCUGUAUCAACAAGUUCUGUGUAAUGAGAGUCUGAGCCAGCGUUGUUAUUGGGAAGUUUGGUUGGAAGACUGGUCAUCAGAAAUUGGCAUCACCUAUCCUGAUAUUCAGAGGAAAGAAGAAGACCUGGCAAUGUUGGAUGCUCAAAUAAAGCUUGGGGAAAACGAAGUCUCAUGGUCGCUCUGCCCUUACUACAACGGUUACAGUGUCAGGCACAAUUCAGAGGAUGUAGACAUAAAGAUGCCAAAAUCAAACAGGAUAGGUGUGUAUCUGGACUGGCCUGCUGGAAUACUGUCCUUCUACUCCGUCUCACAAGAUACACACACACUCACACACAUAUUCACAUUCUGCACAGUGUUCAAAAAGCCGGUGUACCCAGGGUUCUAUGCGCCAGUGGGCUCUCUGACUUUGUGCCAGCUGGAUUAAAGGACCAAAUUAAAGAGUGAAGCAUAGAAGCAUGGAUAAACCAUAUAUAUAUAUAUUUUUAAAACCAUUUAAAACUUAUUUGCAUCAGUGUCAAGCCAAGCAAAAAAGAUUAUAUAUUUUUUAUGUUUCUGUUUUUGCAUUUUAAACAAGAUUUAGUGAAGACAUAGCACCAUGGAUACCAAGAAUGUUAUCAAGGACGGUAGCAAAAAGAAAAGGGAGCCACUUUCAGUUUGGUUUUCAAUUUGAGGUUUAAUCUCUAUUUAUUUCAUAUUUUACUUUACUUACAUGUCUUUUUCAACUGUUAAAAUAUGAUUAUAGAGCACAUAAUACAGACAUUUAUUUUUAUAUAUAUGUAAGUGUUCUCAAUCAUUUAAAAACAAUUUUGGUCAUACCUUCAUAUGUAAAAGAAAGAGAGAAAAUCGUAACCUAUAAAGCCUAGAAAAAGACCAUGUACAGUUUUGUGCUGUUCAUGUGCUGCCAUUCUGCUGAGCUGUUUUUUUUUUCAUAAUUCCUAUUAAAGAUCUUGUCAAAUAUUGAACCAAAAAUGACAAAGAUGUAAAAAUGUGUUGCUGUAGAAGAUGAUUAUAUCAUUUUUCUCAAGUUAAAUGCAAAUUUAAUCCUGUAAAUAAAUACAUUUAUA